AUGGUCUACUCAUAUACAUUUUGCUACCAUUUAAUUUCACCUACUUCAAAAUUUAUCAUUAUUCCAAAUAAGAAAGAUUUGCGGUAUAUUCCACCGUUGAAAUCUAAUCCCUCGUUUAAUCAUCUUUGCAAUUCAAGCCGAUGGUUGAUAUUUUUACCCGUCAAUUUUGAAGUUGUCUUAAUCAUAGAAGCCCAGAACAGCACCACUCAAUCAGCUGAUCAUAUCAAAUAUUAUGCAGAAUCGAAAUCAAUUGAAUGUCAUUAG